GGAGGAGGCGGGUACUCGGCGCGUUCGCUCUGACGUCAGACGCUGGCCCCGGGACGCGGCCGUGCUGGGAGGUAAUCGAGGCCGCGGCUCCGGGCUCCGCUAGGCCUCACAAUGGGGGAGACCAAGGUGAUCUACCACCUGGACGAGGAGGAGACGCCGUACCUGGUGAAGGUGCCCGUGCCGGCCGCCGACAUCCGCCUGCGGGACUUCAAGGCGGCGCUGGGCCGGGGCCAUGCCAAGUAUUUCUUCAAGGCCAUGGACCAGGACUUCGGGGUGGUGAAGGAGGAGAUCUCGGAUGAUAACGCUAAGCUGCCGUGUUUUAACGGCCGUGUGGUGUCCUGGCUGGUAUCUGCUGAGAACGCGCCUCCUGAGCCGGCUCCACCCCCUCCUCCAGAUAUCAGACCUGAGCCUUCCCCGGUGCCGCCUCCACUGCCACCGCCCCCGGCAGAGAGAACCAGUGGCAUUGGGGACUCGAGGCCCCCCUCCUUCCAUCCUCUGGUGUCUGACAGCGCCGAGAACCUGGACCAGGAGACGGAGACGGACUCUGUGGUGUCUGUACGCCGGGAGCGGCCGCGGAGGAGAGAAAGUGGAGACCAAGCAGGCGUCCGGGCCGUGAAUGGUCGCAUUGAUCGUCACCUGUCCGGGUACGAGUCGUCCUCAACCCUCCUGACCAGUGAGAUAGAGACCAGCAUCUGUGACUCUGAGGAGGACGACACCAUGAGCAGGUUCAGCAGUUCUACUGAGCAGAGCAGCGCGUCUCGUUUGCUGAAACGUCACCGCCGAAGGCGUAAGCUGCGGCCCCCGCGCCUGGAGAGGGCGUCCUCGCUCAGCAGUGUGACCGACUCCACCAUGUCCCUGAACAUCAUCACUGUGACAUUAAACAUGGAGAAGUACAACUUCCUCGGCAUUUCCAUUGUGGGGCAGAGUAACGAGCGCGGCGAUGGAGGGAUUUACAUUGGAUCCAUAAUGAAGGGUGGGGCGGUAGCCGCUGACGGGAGGAUUGAGCCGGGGGAUAUGCUGCUGCAGGUGAAUGACAUAAACUUUGAAAACAUGAGCAACGAUGACGCCGUCCGAGUCCUGCGAGACAUCGUCCAUAAACCUGGGCCGAUUGUCUUAACUGUGGCAAAAUGCUGGGAUCCAUCUCCGCAGGGUUACUUCACUCUGCCACGCAAUGAGCCCAUUCAGCCAAUCGACCCUGCAGCCUGGGUGUCUCACUCUGUUGCCAUGAGCGGCUCGUUCCCCGUGUAUCCGGGCAGUGCAUCCAUGAGUAGUAUGAACUCCAGCACAUCUGUGACCGAGACUGAACUCUCUCAUGCCCUCCCUCCAGUGUCUCUCUUCAGCCUCUCCAUACAUACAGAUUUGGCCUCUGUGGUCAAGGUCAUGGCCUCUCCCGAAUCUGGCCUUGAAGUUAGAGAUCGUAUGUGGCUGAAGAUCACGAUCCCCAAUGCUUUCCUAGGUUCAGAUGUGGUGGACUGGUUGUAUCACCACGUUGAAGGCUUCCAGGACCGACGCGAGGCUCGGAAAUUUGCCAGCAAUUUGCUGAAGGCCGGAUUCAUCCGUCACACGGUCAAUAAGAUCACCUUCUCCGAGCAGUGCUACUACAUCUUUGGUGACCUGACCAGCUGCGAGAACUACAUGGCCAACCUGUCCCUUAAUGAUAAUGAUGGGUCGAGUGGAGCAUCUGACCAGGACACACUGGCUCCUCUGCCUCUUCCUGGAGCAUCACCAUGGCCUCUUCUUCCCACCUUCUCCUAUCAGUAUCCUGCCCCCCAUCCGUACAGCGCCCAGCCGCCUGCCUACCACGAGCUGUCCUCCUACAGCUAUGGCCUGGGCAGUGCUGGAAGCCAGCAUAGUGAAGGGAGCAGGAGCAGUGGCUCUACACGCAGUGAUGGGGGUCGCGGUGUCCAGAAGGAGGAUCGUUCUGCAGGUGGAGGAGACUCCAAGUCCGGCUCUGGUAGCGAGUCUGAAUACUCCACCCGGAGCAGCCUGAGGAGAGGUGGGGAGGCUGGGCCCCCCAGUGAACGCUCCGCAUCCGCUCGCUCUCAAGCUGCUCACCACCCUCCCUCUGUGCACUCGUAUCAUGCUCCGGGGGUCCCGCUGUCCUACAACCCCAUGAUGCUGAUGAUGAUGCCUCCCCCGCCUCUCCCUCCACCAUCCUCAUGCCCUUCCUCUUCCGUUCCUCCUGGAGCUCCGCCUCUUGUUCGAGACCUGGCAUCCGUUCCUCCUGAGCUGACGGCCAGCCGCCAGUCCUUUCACAUGGCCAUGGGCAACCCCAGCGAGUUUUUUGUCGAUGUCAUGUGACGAGGGGGAGGAGCUGUAAGUCUGUGCGGCCAUUAAAACCAAUACAUUUCAGUCAUCUUCUAGACGAGUGUAGAGGCCGAUGGUGA